AUGGCCAGGGCCGGCCCUGUAUUCUAUACGUAUCCCAAUGGUGUUGGUGAUAGUAAAGGGCACAUUUCUGUGUUUUUGUGUAUUCAUGAUACAGCUGCAUUGCCUUUGGGUUGGAAGACAUACCCCGAUUUAAAGUUUUUUAUAUUUGAUAAGAAGCAUGACAAAUAUUCGGUUCGGUUUUUCAAGGUUGGGGGUAUAAACAUGUUUCAUUGUAUCAAACCAGAAUGUGGUAUCUCAAAAUUGGUAUCUCGGAGUGUGUUUGAUGAUGCUGCAAAUGGGUAUUUGGUUGAUGACGCAUGUGUUUUUGGUGUUGAAGUUUUUGUGUUACAUUCUAAGUUUGUAGAACAACAUUUGAGCCGUUCAGUUAAGGUGUGUAAAACCUACACUUGGAAGGUAUCAAGUUUUAGUAAUAUGGGCAAUAAAAUUUAUUCUGAUGAAUUCACUGCGGCUUCAUUUCAAUGGAAAUUAGUACUCUAUCCUUUUGGAAGUAAGAAGUCUAGUCGGCUUAACCUCGGAUUGUUUUUGGAGCUUGUUGAUCCAGGAACUACCCCUAAAGGAGUGUUUGUGCAUUUCAUGUUAAGCAUUAUAAAUCGAAAGUCUGGGAAACUUCGAGAGAAACAAUAUUGUAAUUGCUUUGCCCCUGGAUCUAUAAGUUGGGGCUGGGAUACGUUUAUACCGCUGGUUGAUCUUCAAGACUUAUCUAAUGGCUUCCUUGUUGAUGAUUGUAUUAUCAUUGAAGCAUGUAUCAAGAAUGUGUCCGUCAUUCAGUAG